AUGGCGGGCGGGGGCUCGGAAGUGCUCACCCUGCACCAGCACUUUGCCGGCUUCGUGGGCGCGCGACUGCGGAACCAGCAGGACGCUGCGCUGGGCCGAGCAACUGAUGCCAAGGAGUCGCCGGGAGAGCUGUGCCUGGAUGGUCUGUACCGUACGGGCCGGACGCUGUACGGCCAGGAUACCUACACGCCAUGACUCAUCCUCAUGGAUCUGAAGGGUAGUUUGAGCUCCCUAAAGGGGAAGUGGUGACUCUAGGACAAACAGUUGGAUGCUGCAAUAGCAUGGUGUGCAGGGAAGCCUACCACACACAAAGAGGAACUCUGUCCCAAGAACCCUAUUCUGUGACUUUUGAGCAGAGGUGAGGGCUCUUUGAGUAGUGAUGGUGUUUGGAGGGUCAAAUCCAUUCCCAAUGGCAAAGGUACAUUUCCUCUGCUUGUCUUCAGGUUCCCACCACUCACCACCGCCAUAACUCAACCACUUAUCCUCACAGAGGCCAGCAUCAGGGUCUGGUCAGACUUCCUCAGAGUCCAUCUCCAUCCCCGGAGCAUCUGUAUGAUUCAGAAGUACAACCAUGUGGGACUCAGAGGUCGGGUUGGAAGCUUUGGCCAAGGGGAAAGUGUCCUAAAGGAACGGCAAUUAGAAGAGCUGGAGGACAGGCUGCAUCUACGUGAGGAAUGUGACUACUUGCAGGUAGCGGCGUGGCAACGGCUUCCUGUGAUCCUGUGUGACCUGCACGAUGGCUUCUCUGGGGUAGGCGCGAAGGCGGCAGAGCUGCUACAAGAUGAAUAUUCAGGCGGAAUAAUAACGGGCCUGCUACCUGGUCUCUACCAUCGGGGUGAGAAGGCCCAGAGAAACAUCUAUCGUCUAUUAAACAGCUUUGGUCUCAGACACCUGACUGCUCACAGCUCUCCUGCCUGUCCCUGUCGCUGGGUGGGAGCUGGCCCGCGACCUGAGCCACCUGUCAACUUCCCCUUACCUGCAUUAAUGGCUGGUCUCGGUGCUCGCUCUGACUGCAGCAGGCUGCCAUCCCACAGCCCUGACACAGUCACUGUUCCUUAUCGCCUGUGUUCCUCUCCAGUUUCCAUGGUUCAUCUGGCUGACAUGCUGAGCUUCUGUGGGAAAAAGGUGGUGACAGCAGGAGCAACCAUUCCUUUCCCCUUGGCUCCAGGCCACGCUUCCUGAUUCCCUGAUGCAGCUCUGGGAGGAGCCACCCCAUGGACCCACUGUCUGCAUGUGGGGAGUUCUCUGAACACGCUGCUUGCCCAGUCAGUGGUGCUAGGAGCAGAUAGAGCAUGCCACACGAGCCAGCUCACCCCAGGGACACCUCCACCCUCCUCCCUUCACGCACAACCAUCAAAGAAGCCCUGGCCCAGCAUUUACAAAUUUCUUCCCUAUCUGCUGACUCCCUGCAGGGUGGCUCCUCCUUACCCACACCUCUUCUCAAGCUGCAGUCCACAGGGCAUGGUUCUGGAUGGUUCCCAAGGAGCAGGUAGCAGUGAGCAUCCAGUGUUUGGGGCACUGUGUUCCUCGCCCCUGUACCAGACUGAAGCCUUGGCCAGAGACCCUACCAAACUCGACUUGCGUUGGGCCAGCUUCUAUGGGAUGCUGGAGGAGCACGAUGACGCAGCAGAGCUCUGCAGAGCCAGGCAAAGCCUGGCCCAGUGCUACCAGGGUGGUGACAGCUCGUGGACUAAAGUUCCCAGCGUGGAGAGGAGCCAGAUGGCAGAGCCCCUGGGCUCCUACUCCAUCCUCCAGCCUUUGUCCUCAUUCCUGGGCUCCUCUCCCGGUCUGUAA